AUGUCCAUGGAGAACUCGCCCGUCAUGGAGACGGAGUCCCAUGCACCAGAAGGGGAAUUCUCACAUUCACCUUGGGUAGAUUUGGGAACUUUCACUUCGCCUCAACAUUCUCCACCCAUGCCUGAAUUUAAUGGGUUUGAGUAUGGCCCUUCACCCAUUAUGUCCGUGGAUGGUUACGGCAUGAACUUGCCGCCACCGUACACCUCGAUGCCACUUCCGAUGCCUGCGCAUGCUUGGCCCAGCAUGUUAACACACCAUUCACCUUUCCAUGAUGGAAUUCCUCCACCUCCAGCACCGAUUUCAGUUUCCCCUUCUGCGCCCACACCAAUUCGAAAAUCUUCUACAGGAGGAGCUACUCCGCGAAGAACAUUGACCGAUGAUGAUCGUCGGCAAAUGUGUUUAUACCACGAAGAACACAAGACUGCAAAGCAGACUGAUAUUGGAGCUUUAUUUGGGGUCGAAAGAAGUACCGUUUCCAAAGUCUUGCGACAAAAAGAAAGAUAUCUGAACCCUGACGAUGGAAGUCGAUCGCCUAUCAAAAGGGCCAAGGGUCGGGUUCCUGACAUUGAAAAGGCCCUAUCAAACUGGGUGAGAAACUACCAACGCGGGGGUUACCCAAUUAACGAUGAGAUCAUCCGGGAGAAAGCCUUGUUUUUUGCCAGUACUACCUGUGGCCCCGAGGGUAAAGAUAAGGUGCUCACUACUGCAUGGCUGGAGAAGUUUAAGCAGAAGAACAAUCUUUUGGGUGCUGCGUCACGAAAGGGCUCCCUUGAUGCCCGACGAAGCGGGUCCAACAGCCCUACUCGCAUCAACACCAAUUUCUCUUCCAACGGAUCUGCCAUCCACAGCCCUCAUAGUCACUCUCCAAUUUCUCCUACAAAUGUCCUGGGUUCACCCAUUUCCCCUGGCCAGAGUCCAGACCGGAUUAAGAGGGAAUAUGACACAGUCCCCGAACUGUCCGGUGGCUAUCUACAUGCCCAUUCGAAAAGCACCACUUCACUGGACACCAACUCCACCGGAAUGAUCAGCCCCAGCUCAACCCUGGUCUCCGAUAGUCCCUUCACACCAACCAGCCAAUCUCGCCUCCCAUACUCGGGCAGCAACACCAACACCAACGGCAACAACAGCCGACCCCGCAGCUCAACCUUCCCUCUCCCGAUCGACCCAACCCUGAUAACAGCAGACCACUCGAUCGACCGCGAAAGCAGCAAGAUAGACCCGCGCAAAGCCGGACCGGUCGCCAUCCUCGAAUCCCCGCUGGAAUUCGACGACGAAGAUGCCCACGCCCAUAUCAAGGGAUCCGAUCCAAGGAAACUCAUCAAGCGCAACCGCAGUAACCCCGAGAUCACCACAAAGUCCAUGCAGCCGCCGCCCGUGGUCUCCAAAUCAGCCACCGUAUCCCCCAUCAGUGCGCCCGGGUCCCCGACACAGGAUGAAGCGAGACAUGCGCUGGAGCUGGUCAUGAACUACUUCCAGCAUCAACCGGCUGGUCUUGCGGCGCAGGAAUAUGUGACUAUCGGAAAACUGAUGGAGAGGCUUGAUCUGGCCAAGAGUCAGGGCUAUGCUUUUCCAGGUGGACUGCCUCGCAUCGAUGAGCAUGAUGAUGGGCCUCGUGUGAGCAAGAAGCGGAGCAUUCAUAAUCUUGGUUGA